AUGUCAGGCUACUAUGUUGGACCCUUCGGUCGUAUGUUACCCACCACCGGCCCAUCCUCGGAGCAGCAAUCCGAGCGUCCAGCUAAUUUACAAGAAUCCGGGGACCCCCCAUACCAGCUUCCACCCCCGCGUACACCGGCCAGUUUACAAUUUGGAUCGGAUCCCUUCCUGCGCCAGCGUCAGCAGGAAAACCCCGAGAGACCUUCAGAGAUUGGACGCCAAAGGACAGAGCAACUUCCCUCCGUGAGGCAACUUCUCACACCAGUGACCAGUUCCAAUUCUCCUCCUACAUACCCUCGGGCGUAUACUUCAUCCAGCACUGAGCGCCUUGACUCUUCAUACCCAUACCGGCAUCAUGAGUCGAGCUUGUCUUCGCAGCUUUCUCCAACCGCAGUACAUGACAGAGCCAAAGUCCGCUCAGGAUCCCUUUCACAGCCACAGACUGGCAAUUUGCCUCCGUUGUCACAAGUGGCAUCCUUGCAUAGUCCCGGAGAUAUGAGACAUCACACACCCACGAGGAGUGAUCCAUCGGCAGUCAGUUACCCACAGGGUCAACUACCAUUCCACAGCACAACAUACCACGAAAAACUGUCCAGUGGGGAACUUUCGUCACCAGAGGCUUCUGGUAGGCAUGAUAAAACUGUGAGGCCACACGUGGUUGACGAGCGAUACAUCGAAGGAGAAGGAAUCUGCUACGUUUAUGCAGAUGGAUCUCAUUGUCCCAAGGCCAUUGACGGGAUUCCUGUGAAUGCAAACUGGGGUGUUACCAAGGCUGGAAAGCCGAGAAAGCGCCUUGCACAAGCAUGUCUGAUCUGCCGUGAGAAGAAGAUCAAGUGUCAACCGAACUUGCCCAAAUGUGACCAGUGCCAGAAAUCCGGACGGGAGUGCAGGUUCGAGAACGCACCCCGUGGAAACCGGGCUUCUGCUUCCAUGCGAGGAUCUCAGUCAGCUGGGCCAUCUAGCAAACCCGAUGGGAGAGAUCCCUACGCACCCUCCGGUCAUUCGAUUUCGGACAAUUCCCCGUCACUUUAUAACCUCGCCCGAGCCUCCGAUAGCGGUACUUCUCUUCCUGGGACUAGCGGCCACUCACCAACGUCAGAGGGCUCAAUGCUCACCCCAUCAGGUACGGAAACAACAUACGAGACUAUGGCCGAUGCGGACAGGGCCUAUAGAUCGCGCGCGUACCGGUUCCCACCACCCUUCCCUGGCACAGAUGACACCCUCGGACGAUCGGCACAUAUCGAGAGCAACCGCCAACCGGAAUACUCUGACAUACUCGGGGAACUCAAGGAUAACAACCCAGACGACCCAUUGGUGGGCUCCUGGCAUCUCGACCCCCACGAAAGCGACCCGGAGAUGACGAUGCAUCACAUUGAAUGUUAUUUCACGCAUGUGAACGAUGGGCUGUACCACAUGUUCCCACAUACGCGAUUCAUCCUGUGGUUGAAAUCAUAUCCCAACAAGUCUGCAGAGGACAAGAUGUUGCUCUAUUCUAUGAUGGCAUUGGGGUCUGUAUUCUCGGACAGGUCGGACAAACUCGUGGCUAUGAGGCGCUACGCUCGCAUUGCACGAUUCGCCAUCAAUAGAAGUCAGCAUGCUCUCUCCUUGCAGCUUGCACAGAGCCAUAUCAUAAUGAGUCUCUGGUACUAUGCCACAGGAUCGCUGGUCGGGUCCUGGGACUCGAUCGGUGCAGCAGGAAGAGCGGUCUUUGGGCUUCGUUAUAACUUGGAAUCUGGAGGUGUCGUGGUGGAUCAGAAUCAGGCCUGUGAUUACGGACUUCAUCCUCAGGCAUUGAUUGAGUGCCGUCGUCGAACAUUUUGGAUUGCUUUUGUGCUGGAUCGUUUCUCUAGUCUCUAUUCUGCCUCGUCCACUUUCAUCUCGUCAGAUGCGGCAUUGUUACGGCUUCCCUGUCGCGAGGAGAUCUACGAAACUCAACAAUAUGCGACAGCACCCUACUUCCAAUCAUUCCUGAACCAACCCACGUCAUCGGACGACGAUCGCCCAACACUCAGCCCAAUGGCGUUCUUGAUCGAACUCAUGGCCAUCUGGGGAGACGUUUCCCUCCACGUUAUCCGUCUACCACACAUGCCCUCCGAAGCGUACGGCCGACUCGCCGAAGAAUUCCAUACGACCAUCGUCCACAAAACAAACACCUGGAUGACUCGACUUCCCGAACAUCUCACAUUCUCAUCUGUAAACCUGGAACGAAGCAUACGGGCUCAAAAAGCGGACACCUUCAUUUCAAUCCAUCUGUUUUACCACGCCACUUUGAUGAAACUAUACAGACACGCCCGAUACCAGAGUCUCCGAGCCGAAGUUUUAAGUCAAUACAUCCACCGAGCUCGAUACCACGCCGUCGAAAUUCUCCGUAUCGCUCCUACUUUCGACCAAUUUGCCAAGGAAAUCAUGUCAGCUCGGUCUAGCACAGAUUUCGCCCUUCCGCAGAUGACGCUCCUCAAUCCAUUCCUCGGUUAUGUCAUUUUAUCAGCCGUGGACGUUCUAAGUGCUGCUGGAUUGGCAUCGCAGCUACAAGAAUGCAUUUCCUAUAUCAGAGGUGCACUACUCACAGUCCAAGAACUUAGCCGCUACUGGGAUAGUUCUCUGCAGCUCGUCUCCGCGCUCCAGAGACGCCUAGGAUUAAUGAUCGACUGUCUGAACGAGCGCAGUGUCAUCGAAGAGAAACAAGGCUUUGCUCUAGAUGGUCCAUCUCUCGAAACAAAGGUCCACGCUGGCGCCUUACCGUCCCACCCGACUGGCAGUCUAAGCGAGGAUCUCUUUACAGGCUCGAUGCCUCGCGCGGUACUGUUGAAUGCCCUGCGAGUCGAUGAUAGCCUCCUCUCAGAAGGUAGUAUUGCCUGGAUCAAAGAUCCCUGA